AAUCUCAACCGCAAGAGUCCUCUCUGGUAUCUCCAUGUUUGAUCCACCUGCAAAGACUUGAAAGAAAAAGAGAUCUGAAACCUUUCAAGCAUGGGGAAUCAUCCCUGUACCCCAUCACCAGCAACUAUAGACAGUAUUUACCGGGUUGCCCAAGACCACCAGAUGAUCCCUGACAUCAGUCUGGACGACACCGUGGCAAACUUUCUUUCCCUCAAUUCCAGCACUGCUCUUAACCUCCAAUACGCCUCAAUCCAACAGCACUUGACCACGGACCAACUUGCGAAUUUGGACACCAACCUGACCUCUAUUUUCGGAGGGAGCGCAAGCGUGUCUUACGGUGGAGUUGGAGUAGUGGCGCUCGCUUUAUCUUUUCUCCUAAACGCUCUCACGUCCGGCUUUGCAGAUGGCACCACCAGGAACCAUUUCGGAUCAGACAAUUCUUCAGAAAUUGGCAGUAUUGUAAAUGAAUACCUCAAGCUGGUGUCGAAACAUGCCAAUGACUUGGAGCAAAUGGGGGACAUAACUGAGCUUUAUGACCAGAAAUUGAAACACGCUCUGAUCGAGCUGUACGAGAGCAUGACUGUAUAUCAUGACCUGAACACUUCCAGUGUUAAGCAGUGGAUCAACGGAGCAGCCGUCCACCUGCAUAUGAGGAUCCAUGGGAUCCGUUUGGCAUCGGUACCUAAAGGCACAGCUGAAUCUCUGAGGCUCUCUUACAGGACGGGCCUGGCCCGAUUAAUACAGCUGUACAUGGGUUACCUGAGGAAUAAUGUGAAGGAGCGGACAACCGUGCAAGGACCUCCGGUUCGGGCAGGAUUUUUAAUCCUUGAGCCUGGAAUGAAGGUUCGACACCGAGUGGUUCAUAACCACUGUCAAUCACAGGCUAUCGCCACUGCGGUCAUGACUCGGAUUGUAUCAGCGCAGAAUAUCAGAAGCAUAGAAAGAUUUUUUGAUGAAACCAGUCACAUUUUAGACCAGUUGCUGCUCCAGAGAGACAUAUUUGAACUGCACAGAGAACAGCAGAUAACAUUUACUGCAUGAAAAUACACUGAAAAAAAGAUUUGUUGGUUCCACUUAAAAAAAGUAAGUUAUGUGGUUGCCUUCAAUUUUUUUAGUUAAUUCAACUUACAAAUAUUAACUCAAAAAAGGGUGAAAAAAUUAUAUUGUGUCAACUUUUAAUUUUUUUAUUUUAAGACAGCCAGGUAACUUCUUUUUUUUUAAGUUGAACCAACCUUUUUUUUUACAGUGAAAUAUAACAUUUAAUUUCUUUCUAUUAAUUUUUUUUUUAAAUAGUUGAGUUUGCUUUGCUACAGUAUCAAGACCAAAAUACUAAAUGAUUUAAUGUCUAUUAAUGAAUAAGCUUUAUGUUAAAUGAAUAAAUGUGCUGCUACCAUCAUGGCAAUUCAUUUUUUAUUUUAUUAUUCAUUAAUAUUAAGUGUAUUCUACAUACAAUAACAAGCAAGUAAAUGUUUCUUCCUAGUAGACAUGUAUUCGCAACACAUCUCAUGGCAAUUCGUACGUAUUUUACAAGGUGCCUUACUUAAAGGGAUACUUCCCCCAAAAUGAAAAGUCUGCAAUUUAUUUCCCCUUCUAUUGUUAUAAACCUAAAUGAGUUUCCUUCCUUUGUCGAAUACAGAAGAUUUUUGAUAAAUGAUGGUAACCAAACAGUUGACGGUACCCAUUGACUUUCAUAGUAGGAAAAAAUACUAUGGAAGUCAAUGUGUACCGUCAGCUGUGCUUAACAUCAUUUAUCAAAAUGUCUUCUUUUGUAUUCAACAGAAUAAAGAAACUCAUACAGGUUUAGUACAACAUAAGGGAGAGUAAAUCAGUAUUCAAAUUGAAGGGGGGGGCUGGGGUGGUCCUGGACCUCCUAUAAGUAUUAAGGGACCCCCUAUAAAGCACAAAAAUAUAAAUUAAGGAGGUCCCCUGGUUUUUAAUAAAAUACUACAUGAAUCUAAAAUUCUUGUGCUGCGCUGCCGCAAAGUGAAACUCUUCAUUUUUUGUCCCAAUUUCGCAAUAAACUAAUACAAAAGAUUUCUGUUUGAAAUAAAUGUAAACUCUCAAGUGUGUCUCACGCUGUUUUCUGAAGGAAUUUACAGUUUGGGAUUUAGGAUUGGGUUAGGGGCUUUUAAAAAAAUCUCAAACUAUUCUUUAUUUCAUACUAAUUUGAGGGGUAACAAAUGGGAAGGUUUUGAGUUAAGGGUAAUUUGGGAUUUCUUUGAUUAAAACGUUGAUUUAGGACAAACAAAAAAUGAUGAUCCAGUAUCACAUCUUGCUUUAUGAAAUCAAAGACACCCUACUAUGAUGGGUGCUUGACCGGGAGGGUGGGGUUAGCUAGGGGACCCCCAUAAUAUUUGAGAUAAUUCGAACACUGGAGUAAAUGAUGAAAGGAUUUUUCAUUCUUGGAUGAAGUAUCCCUUAAUUGGUUUUGUACAAUUUGCUUUUGCCCCUGUGAUUUAGGGGUUAGGGGUGGGGUUUCAUGGUUUGAAAUGAAUAAAUAAAAAAUUAUAAUAAUCCUACGUUUUUGUAUGAUUAACUUUGUACAAAUUCAUACGAAUUAGCCAACUGGAAUUCCCAGAUCAGGCAGGUGUUCUUUGCUAAAAAUCUAUCAGGUACAGAUGCUUGUCAUUUGUAUUUAUCAAAAGUAAACUUACAGUGCAUUCAGUUUUGUCACUAUGUGUAUUCCCUGAGGGUCAAACCCAGCAUUUCUUUUGACAGAAAUGCUGUUCAAAUCAUCCUAAAGUUGAUGUAACAAUUGAUGCUUUUUUUCAAACCUCCAUUUACUGACUUUUUCCAAAACUGUCCUGGUUGGAGUCUGAAUCGGUAGUCUGAGAGUAUUGUUUUAUUCAUAAAUGUUUUACACAACAAUACAAAAAAAUACAUUCAUUUGGCAGUGAAUACAAUAAACGUGUAAGUUCUUGUUUUUAAUUUGUGGCCCUGUCUGUUAAAUCCAGGCUAAAGUUUCAUAAACACAAAUGAUGAGAUUAGGAGCAUUAAAGUUUGAUUUAAAAAUGUUGACAUGGCCUUACUCAGUCAAUAUUAAAUAUAUCAAGGGUAUAUAUUCACUGAAUGUUCUUUACAUCAUGUAGGAUAAUUUUAUCUUUAAAAUAGUAAAACAUUACUUUUGUAAAAAAAGUAAAAA